UGAUUCUACUGAUGUAUGAAAAAACCCAUCCACUAUCAUAUAACUAGCAAACAAUAAUACACUGUGAAGCGGAACCACACAAAAAUUUCGUACAAACAAUGUGCUUUAUGUCGUGAAUACUACAAGCAACGAUGCCAAAUACGAAUUUCAUCUUCAGUUGAGUUUGGUUAGUGGAGACAUAAGCUACCGCGCUUCCAAAUUAGAUUGUCCCAUCGAACAGAACUUUUUUGAAAAUCGUUUAUUUUUUAUCAUUCAUUCAUAUAUUCAUUAAUAAAUAUAUCAAUCACAAAGAUACAGGAUUGAAAAAUAUCGAGAAAAAGUUUAAGUAAAAAACGAAAGGAAAACGAUAAAUUAACAAACUGAUAACGGAUUGAAUAAAAAAAAGAGAAGUGAAAAAAGCAUGGCAAACGAUCAAUAUAAUCACACUGCGUGGAGUAAUGGUGAUGCGACUAAUAUUCAAGAUGGUCUUUCGGCUCAAGAAUUGUUCGCAAAUCGUGAUGGCUUAACAUACAAUGAUUUCAUCAUUUUACCUGGAUACAUUGAUUUCACCGCCGAUGAUGUUGAUCUCGCGUCGCCGUUGACCAAGCAAAUUUCAUUGAGAGCGCCAUUGGUAUCAUCGCCCAUGGAUACAGUUACUGAAUCCGAUAUGGCUAUCGCUAUGGCUCUGUGUGGCGGAAUUGGUAUUAUUCAUCACAACUGUACACCAGAGUAUCAAGCAAAUGAAGUGAUGAAGGUUAAAAAGUAUAAGCAUGGAUUCAUACGAGAUCCCGUCGUUAUGAGUCCAUCGAAUCGUGUAACUGAUGUACUUGAGGCAAAGAAGAAAAACGGUUUCACCGGCAUUCCAAUUACAGAAAAUGGUAAAUUAGGUGGACGUUUAGUUGGAAUUGUAACAUCACGCGAUAUUGACUUUCGUGAACACGAUGGCCAAUUAUUAUUGUCGGAUGUCAUGACGAAAUUGGAUGAUAUGAUUACUGCACCAAAUGGAGUUACGUUACAAGAAGCUAAUCGAAUAUUGGAAACUAGCAAAAAGGGAAAGCUUCCAAUUGUAAAUGAUGCCGGUGAAUUGGUAGCAUUAAUUGCAAGAACCGAUUUGAAAAAGGCACGCAGUUAUCCAAAUGCAUCAAAGGACAGUAAUAAACAAUUGCUUGUCGGUGCUGCCAUUGGCACACGGUUAGAAGAUCGUAAUCGUCUGGCUCAACUUGUACAAGCCGGAGUUGAUGUUGUCGUAUUAGAUUCAUCGCAAGGCAAUUCCGUUUACCAGUUAGACAUGAUUCGGUUUAUUAAAAAUACAUAUCCAGCUCUUCAAAUUAUUGCUGGAAAUGUGGUUACUAGACAACAAGCUAAAAAUCUUAUUGAUGCUGGAGCUGAUGCACUUCGUGUUGGUAUGGGUAGCGGUUCAAUUUGUAUUACACAAGAAGUUAUGGCUUGCGGAUGUCCACAAGCUACUGCCGUUUAUCAAGUUAGCUCAUAUGCUCGGGAAUUUGGUGUUCCAAUUAUUGCGGAUGGUGGCAUCAGUUCAAUUGGUCAAAUUGUUAAAGCAUUGGCACUUGGCGCCUCAACUGUUAUGAUGGGCUCAUUAUUGGCUGGUACCAGUGAAGCACCAGGCGAAUACUAUUUUUCAGACGGUGUUCGUUUAAAAAAAUACCGUGGUAUGGGCAGUUUAGAGGCGAUGGAACGUAAAGAUGCCAAAGGUGCUGCAAUGAGCCGAUACUUCCAUACCGAAAUUGAUAAACUACAUGUUGCACAAGGUGUUAGCGGUAGUAUUGUUGACAAGGGAUCAGCUUUAUUGUUCUUGCCAUAUUUGAAAUGCGGUUUACAACAUAGUUGCCAAGAUAUUGGUGCACGUUCGGUUUUAGCUCUCAGAAAAAUGAUAUACACAGGCGAAUUACGUUUCAUGAAACGUACACAUUCAGCACAACUUGAAGGCAAUGUGCACGGACUAUUUUCAUAUGAGAAACGCCUUUUCUGAUUAUCAAAAGAGACCAAACAAAAUAUCGCAUUUGGUCAAUCGAUUUUAAACUCAAGACCUUCACACAUAUAUAAAUAGUUAUAUUUUUUAUCACAUAUUGUACUUAUAAAAAUAAACGAAAGAAUAGAAACUCAA